UAAAUGUCCCGGCGACAGUGAUGGAGGCCAUGACCCGGCAGGAGUCUCUGCAGUCCUUCAGUAAAAAUGGGAAACCAUCGUCCUCUUCAUCCACCUCCUCCAGUCCUCCCACCACCCUCCUGAGGUCCAUGGUCUUCCCUCACUCUCCCUGUCCUCGGAGCUUCUCUCUGCUGGACAAAGUCGGGGUUGGGGGUCAGUCCGACCCUGGCUUCGGUCAGCUGGGCUCUAAGAACCAGCGAGUCCUAGCGAGCCCGACCUCCACCAGCCAGCUGAGCAGCGAGUUCAGCGACUGGCACCUGUGGAAGUGUGGCCAGUGCUUCAAGACCUUCACCCAGAGGAUCCUCCUGCAGAUGCACGUGUGUCCUCAGAACCCUGACCG